CCAGUUUUACCAGGAAGUAAACAAUUGAACUGGUGUAUCUUUUGAAUUUUCGUAGUCUUCAGCAAGUAUUGACGUAAAAAUGAAUGCAUGUGGAUGACGGGCGAUGAGAAUGAUCCAGCGAGAUUAAGACUGAGGAUAAAGAUUGAGUCAUUUGCUGAUUAUAUUCCCUGGCAGACAGUCAUCAGGUUAUCAGGUGGCACCAUGCUUCCAGUACAACUAAUGACUUUCAGGAAUCUGCACAGCGUCGCGUUUAUUAUACGCGUGAUUUUGCUUGGCUUUGGGAUUUAUCAAGACAAAAACAUGGUGGUCAAAUACACUGACAUCGACUAUCACGUCUUUACAGACGCAUCCAGACUUGUAACACAGGGUGAGUCUCCAUACAACAGGUCCACCUACCGGUAUACACCACUCCUGGCGUGGAUGUUAUCACCUAAUAUCUACUUGACCUUUCACUUUGGGAAGCUGCUGUUUGUGAUUUGUGAUGUACUCUCCGGUGUCCUCAUAUACCACAUACUGACCCUUCGAGGUUUAUCCUGUGAUGCAGCCUGUCAUUUCACAGCUCUUUGGCUUCUAAAUCCUUUACCGAUUGGUGUAUCAACACGUGGGAAUGCUGAAGCACUGCUGGCUAUUUUGGUUCUAUCCACUCUCCUGUGUUUGCAACUGAAGAGACAUUUUACAGCAGCAUGUCUAUAUGGUCUCUCUGUCCAUAUGAAAAUAUAUACAGUAAUAUAUGCCCUUCCCAUUGCCCUUUUUAUAUCAAAUCAAAAGGAGUUGAAGAAUCGGUACAGAGGUGUUUCUAGACUAUUCCUUACCCUUUUUCAUAAGGAUCUGGUUCUAUUUGCUGUUGUUGCAGGAGUGGUGUUUCUUGGACUGUUUUUGACUUUUUAUUGCAUGUAUGGCUGGGAUUUCCUGCAAGAAACUUACCUGUACCACUUAACAAGGCGGGACAUCCGGCAUAAUUUCUCCCCAUACUUUUACAUGUUUUACUUAACAGCGGAGAGUGAAUGGAACUUUGUUCUGGGACUAGUGACUUUUCUUCCUCAGGUUAUACUGUUGCUUCUUACCUCUCUGGCCUUCUAUGAAGACUUGCCUCUCUGCUGCUUCCUCAACACAGCCCUUUUUGUCAGCUUCAACAAAGUCUGCACCUCUCAGUAUUUUCUGUGGUACCUGUGUUUACUGCCUCUGGUCCUGCCACAUCUGAGACUUACGAUAAAGCAAGGGAUUGGGCUACUGCUGUUGUGGUUCAUUGGACAGGGCUUGUGGUUGGCACCAGCUUACUACUUGGAAUUUGAAGGACGCAACUCAUUUGUGUUCAUAUGGUUUGCUGGCCUGCUGUUUCUGAUUAUCAACUCGGUGGUAAUGGUCCAGAUUAUCAACAAUUACAUACCAAAAACAUUUGUUAACCAAAAAAAGAAAAGAAAAUAAAGCCUGGAAUGAAGAUGAUUAAAUAAACAAAUGAUUUGUA